CAGCCUCUUUUUCCCCUCCUAUCCCUGGGACACCAGAGUCCAGUACAACAUGGAUCUCCCCAUCAGCUGAGUCGGGAAGUUUCAUCCCACCAGAAAUCAUGGAGGGGGACAACCACUCGAAUGCCUUGCCUUCUCGAUCAUCAUCCACAAGGUCCCCAUCCAACACACCAUCCCCCCUAAGGUCAUCACCCAACAGGUCACCAUCCACUGGAUCAUCCCCAGCAAGGUCAACACCCAACAGGUCACCAUCCACUGCAUCAUCCCCAGCAAGGUCAACACCCAACAGAUCACCAUCCACUGCAUCAUCCCCAGCAAGGUCAUCACCCAACAGGUCACCAUCCACUGCAUCAUCCCCAGCAAGUUCAUCCCCUGCCAGAGCAUCCCCGGUCAGAUUGGUUAGAUCAACCCCAGUGAGAUCUGCUGUCAGAUCAGCCCCGACAAGGUUAUCUCCAGCCACACGAGCAGCCCCAGAAAGCAGAAGUGUGUCCAUGCCCAAGAUCACCUGGCAGGGGAGCCAGAAGAGACUUUCCCUCAUUGGCUGUAUCCUGCUGCUCAUUGCCUUGGUUGUUGCACUCAUCCUGUUGUUUUAUUUCUGGAAGGGCCACACAGAGAUCAAGUACAAGGAACCCACCGAGAGCUGCCACAGGAAUGCCGUGCGCUGUGAUGGGAUUGUGGACUGCAAGUUUAAGAGUGAUGAGCUGGGAUGUGUGAGGUUUGAUUGGGACAAAUCUCUGCUUAGACUCUAUUCUGGAGUUCAUCACCAGUGGUUGCCUGUCUGCAGUGAUGGCUGGAACAACUCCUACUCUGAAAAGAUCUGCCAACAACUUGGCUUUCAGAGUGCUCACCACACAGAUGAAGUUGUUCUCCAAGGGAUCACCAGUAGUUAUUCUGUGUUUGACUACAACACCACCAUCCAGGAGAGCAUCAAGAGGUCUGACUGCCCUUCCCAUCAGUUCAUCUCUCUUCAGUGCACCCGCUGUGGUAUGAGGGUCAUGACUGGGCGAAUUGUGGGGGGAGCCCUGGCUCCUGAGAACAAAUGGCCCUGGCAAGUUAGUCUCCAGUUCGGUACAGCCCACAUCUGCGGGGGGACCCUCAUCGAUGCCCAGUGGGUGCUCACAGCCGCCCACUGCUUCUUUGUCAGGACCCAAGAGAAGAUCUUAGAGGGCUGGAAAGUAUAUGCUGGGACCACUAACUUGCUCCACUUGCCUGAAGCAGCCUCUGUCUCCCAGAUUAUCAUCAAUUCCAACUACACUGAUGAGCAGGAUGAUUAUGAUAUUGCUCUCAUGAAGCUUGACAAACCCUUGACCCUUUCUGCUCAUGUCCAUCCUGCCUGCCUCCCCAUGUAUGGACAAACCUUCAGUCUUAAUGAGACCUGCUGGAUCACAGGCUUUGGCAAGACGAAGGAGACGGAUGAGAAGACUUCCCCUUACCUGCGAGAGGUUCAAGUCAAUCUCAUCGACUUUAAUAAGUGCAAUAACUAUUUGGUCUAUGACAAUUACCUAACUCCUCGAAUGAUGUGUGCUGGGGACCUUCGUGGAGGGAGAGAUUCUUGCCAGGGGGACAGUGGGGGACCACUGGUGUGUGAGAGGAACAACCGAUGGUACCUCACAGGUGUGACCAGCUGGGGCACAGGCUGUGGCCAGAGGAACAAACCUGGUGUAUACACCAAAGUGACAGAAGUCCUUCAUUGGAUUUAUAGCAAAAUGGAGGGUGAGGUGCGGGGCCAGAAGUCCUAAACAGCUGGCGUGGCAAGCCAGAUCAUCUCACAGCAAUGACUCUGAAGGCUCUUCUUACCUAUGAUUGAAGUGGCAGGGAUUUCUCCAGUAUUGCCUGGAAAUGUGGACCCAAAAGAUGCUCUUCAGUAACUUUAUUAUCUCAUUCAAUGGGUUUAUGUAUGUGUGUGUGCAUGUACAUAUGUGGGUAUAUUUGUGUGCCUAUGUGUCCCUGCUUUCCCAAGCUGGGUAGCAUCAUUACAGUGGAAAAGAACCUAAUUUCUUAAUCAAACUGGAAAAUAUUGGAAGAGUUGACCUUGGAAUUCCAUGGAUCUUUUCAACAGGGAUAUCACAUCAGUUUAGUGAGGGAAAGAGGUUGACAUGUUUGGAUUCAGCGAUCAGGGUCAUGGAGGAGGAGCUUUGGAGAUACCCUCAGUAGGUACCAUUCUCCUGCUCUUAUUAUUGUUGACUUCUGGAUUGUGGCAAAAAGACAAGCUAACAAAGGCACUCAGUUCUUUAGUCUGCAGCCAUACUGGAGGUGGAAAGUCAGUGGGCUGUGUGUAGAGGGCCUGUGAAACAAAUUCUCCCUUAGUGCUUAGAUAAUGGUUUUCCAGAAGGAAGUUUCAGCUGGAUCUGCAAUGUAUACCUAGUAAAGUUUCUCUGUACCUCUCCCCAUUGUCCUUCUAAUGCUGAAGUAUCUACCACAUCAACCAUCACACCUCAUGACUGUCAAUGAAGCAGCUAUAAAGUAACCUGUAUCUGCUGCUCAACCAUCUCAGGGCUGAUUUUUUUUUUUAAGAAUUGUAAAGAAAUUAGAUAUUUUUAAUUUUAGAUAUUUUUGAGGUCUUCACAGAAUCUCAGAGCCGACAUCUUCCUCCCAGUCUCUCCUGUGUCCAUAGUCUGCAGCUGGACUUUGCCAGAAGGUAUGAGAACCCAAGAGAUCCCCCUAGGACUCCUCUCAUCCUGUCAGGCUUCUGAGAUACCUGGUUUCUCCUUUGGCUUCCAGCAAGUGAACCACAUUUUCCCCACCUGAAAGACUCGAGGGCUGGAAGUGGCAAAUAUGUGGGCCCUUGCCCCGGUUUCUGAGAAUCCGUGGCAAAAUCCUUUGGACAGACACAUCUUUCCUAUCACGGACUUUUCCCAAGCCCUCAGUGCCUUAAGAUUCCAUAGAUGCUUUCCUCUUUUUCCCUUUGGGUCUUACCAUGUGGCCCCUUUGUAUAAGUUUGGACGUACAUCCCCUGCUCUCAUCUCCCCACACUGCUCUUUCUGAGGAUCCAAGCUGGUUUUGCUCCCAGAAGACACUGGUGUGGCCAGCUUCCCAUCUCCCUCCAGAUGCUGAAUGUAUGGACAAUGUCUUUUCCUCUUCUUGCACACUUCUCAUUCUCCCAGGAGCUACCUCUUACUCCCACACUGGCCUCUGAGCCAGAAGAUGGGGCAGCAUGUGCAGAAAAAGGGCACAAUCUGCCUGUGGGAAGUGAGGGGCUUCCUUGCUUCCUUGCUUGGGGUCAUCAGCAAGACAAGAAUCAGAGCAGAGAAACCAGGUUCUGUCCACAUCCUGGCGCUUCUUUGCCAAAGCAGGGACCAUUGCCCUGAGAUGUACUGGCUAAUGUCUCUGUAGGGGAUGCCAGUCCCUUUCCUGGGGACAUUCUUUUCCUUUUCCUGCACCACACAAACUGCUCCAACAAUAAAAUUUAUCCAACUUUAGGGAGUCGUCAUGGGUUGCUGACCUCAAAACCAGGCUUCCUUCUUAGCCCAAGGCAACUUUAUGGUGGCUCCCUUUCAUGGUCGUGAGGCUGCCCAGCCACAUUUCUGCAACAUGACACCAGGACUUAGCAGGACAGUCCCAGAUUCCAAGUUCUUGUCCCCUCAUCCUAUCCCUUCUCCUAAUUUUCCUGUUUCUGUCAAAUUACCAGCAUCCUUUGAGAUACUUGAUUCACAACCUCAAGUCAUUGGUCCUUUUCUUUCCACCCUCACCAUAAUUACCUUGCUCCUUAUUACCUGCUGCUUCUCACUUCUGCUUUCUCUCCUCUCUCUGAUAUAUCCUCCACCAAGCUUCCAAACUGAGACUCCCAAAGCAUACUGUGACCACGUAGCUCCCCUGAUACGUGAAAAACCUUCCAUUGGUCCCACCUUGCCUCAACACAAAGUUAAAAUACAACCUUCUUUGGCGUUGAAAGCCUUUCAAAGCCUGGCUCCAAUCUGUCUUUCCAGACUGAUUUCACACUCCUCCCAUUUACACUUUCAACAUUUCAUGUCCCUGGUUUGCAUUUGGAAUGCUCUCUCUCCUCACCCUCCUCUUGGAAUCUGUAGUUCCCUUUAGGAUUCAGCUCAUUUUGCCUCCUACAACAGGCCAUCCCUGAUUUUUCCAUUGUUAGUGUUCUCCUGAAAUUAGCUUAUAUUUAUUUUGUAUAUAUAUUUUUAUUUACUUACCAAUGUACUUGUUGCUCCCCGGCCCCUGUAUUUCAGUAGAAUGUAAGCUCUUUGAGGGCAGAAUUGUUUUUGUGUUCCUAGCACAGUGCCUGGUACAAAGUAGGUGGUUAUUAAAUAUUUCUUGAAUCAAAUUGACAAAAUGAAGCUCCAAACAUCCCUCAUUUUGUUCCUACCUCAGUCUUGAUUAUUUUUUUUCUUAUUCCUUCUCCUUUUCUUUCCUCCUUUAUCAAAAACUAAACUUAUGGCCUUUUACAUCUCUGCUAUUUCCAUUUUACAAGGAAAUUUCAGAGAUCUUUGGACCUGAAAGUUAUUAAGGAUCUUACAAAUCAUGGAGUAUAAUUUUAUUUAAGGAAUCAGCAGAACUGAUCAUUCUUAUGAUCAUCAGUAGUGUUAAACUCAAAAAGAAAAGGGCUGCUGUCCUUA